AUGUUGUCUACCCUGGUGGACCGAUGGGCGGAGGCAGACCCAACAGCCCUGAGACUGCGCAGGCGUUACGGAAUUCCAGUAGCCCAAGAGUGGCCCUUCGGGGUUCGGCGCCCUCUGGUGUUCACUCCUGAGAGCUGCUCCUCUUUCCUCGACCAAGGUCAUUCCAGAUUUGAGCGACCCCGGAGGAAGCCUUACCUCUUGAGCCGGGACCAGCCGUCUCUUGUCCUAGAGACAGAGGGGAGCCACCUCACGGAACCUGGAGGAGAGCACGCCCUGAAUCUGGUCAGUGUCCGGGGCGGCCUGUGCGUGGCUCUACGGCUGCCACACCAAAUGGCCAAGCGGCUCCGUUUCUGGGCCUCAGUUUCCCGUCUUUCCCGGGCCUCCCAAGGGGAGGCAUUUGGGGACCUCGACCCUUGGUUCUCCCUGCGCUUUCCCACCCCCGCCUCUGUGGGAACUCCAAGCUUCAGAAGUGGAGUGAUGCUGAUAAGGAACAUCUGUGCGGGAAGUCGCCCCCGGGGCCGAAGGCGAUGGGGUGAAAACAGACCCCAGGCAGCUCACGGUGGACCCGGGGCGACCCCCCGUGCAGGCGAUGGUGGAGCACCGUCUGGAGAUCCUGACCCUGGGAGUAGACGGACUCGGCCCCGAAACUCUGGUGAGCACAGAGCAGGGAGGGCUCCAGAUGGCUCAUUACAGGCCACUCAUGGCGAUGGGCGCUACUGGCUCUGCGGUUCGGGCCCCCAGGGGACGCCCUGUACAAAGGGGCAUGUCGCACUCAGUCAGCAGCUCCCGAGAGCACGAGAUUCUACCCAGACACGAAGUCCUGACAUCACGACCACCACCCAGGCACUCAGCUUCAUGAAGGACCCCACUCCAGCCUGCCAAGUCAGAGGGGAUGCCGAGGAAGAUCUAGGAUACCGGGCGGAGGUGCCCGGAGGAAGAACGUGGCAUGAAGACCUGCAGACGAAACCGGGCUUGAUGGCACGAACAGCCUCAGCUACUGAGGAGGCUGAGGCCGGAGGAUCACCAGAACCAAGAGUUCGAGGCCAGCCUGGGUAACAUGGAGAGACCUGCCUCUUAAAUUAAAAAAAAAAAAAAAGAAAGAAAGAAAGAAAACUGGACAAACAAGUUGGCUCAGAACCAGGACGCCAAACUCAGGCCUGGGCACUUGUCUUGUUUUCCUUCUUCUUCUCCUAGUGUGUGUGUGUGUGUGUGUGUGUGUGUAUGUGUGUGUGUGGUGUGGUGGUGGUGGUAUUAGGGAUCAACCCAGGGUUGCUCCCAUCCCCAGCCCCUUUUUUUUUAAUUUAUUCUGAGGCAGGGUCUUGCCAAAUUGCCCAGACUGGCCUCAAGCUUGCCAUCCUCCUGGCUCAGCCUCCUCAUCCUAAGUAGCCUUUAGGACACUACUGGCUCAUGGCCAUGGGCAUAGGGGUUGGCUCCCAAAUGUGAAAAGAAUGCCUAUGACAUCCUUGAGUCUUUUUUUUCCCUCAGUAUUGGGGGUUGAACCCAAGGAUGCUCUAUCACCAUUGAGCUAUAUCCCAACCCUGUUUAUUUUAUUUUUGAGAUAGGGUUUCUCUAAAUUGCAAGAGCUGGCUUUGAACUUGUGAUCUUCCUGCCUCAGUCUCCCAAGUCACUGGGAUUACAGGCAUGUGCUACCACACUGGACAUCCUUGGGACUGUAUUAGCACCCAAUGGCCUCCCAAUAAGUUCUUUAGCCUGAUAUCCACAGUUCCCCUGCCAGACCUUCCAAACUCAGCUCCUGCAUCAACCUCUCCUCCUUUCCCAUGAUGCCUAGCCAUGCUAGCCUUCACUGCUUAGGACCUGCCCUAGCACAGCCUCUCUACCACUCUUUCCCCUGCUGAAAUGCUCUUGUCUCAGCAAAACAUAUAUUCCCACCACCUGUUUCCAUAUGGGAAAGCUGUGUUGUAGCAACCAACCUGGCCUUUCACCUAUGUCUUAAGCUAUGUUUUACAAACUAGUAUAUCAGUAAUUGUAGCAAAUCGUAUUUUCUUUCCUUUCCUUUUUUUUUGGGGGGGGCAUGCUAGGGAUCCCUUUUUUGGGGGGAGGAUGCUGGGAAUCCAACUCAAGGUCUCACACACAGGCACACUAGGCGAGCACCCUACCGCUGAGCUAUAUCCCCAGCUCAGCAAAUCGUAUUUUUCAACAAAGAUAUCCUUUCCUGGGUGUGGUGGCACAUGCCUGUAAUCCCAUUUACUCAGGGGACUGAGACAGUAAAAUCUCUAAUUGGAGGUCAGCAUAGGCCAUUUAGCAAAGACUCUUCCUUAACAUAUUAAUUAAUUAAUUAAUUUAGAAAAGGUGGGAGGAUGCAGUUCAGUGGUAGAGUGUUUGUUUAGAAAGCACAAAGUCCUGAGUUUGUUCCAACACCUAUAAUAAGUAAGUAAUAAAUAACUUUAAAAAUGUC